AUGAAUUUGGAGAUAGGGCAGCUGCGUGAGCGGAAUGCGAGGCUGCGGGAGGAGAACUCGAAGUUGAGGGUGCGGCUGAAGCAGGAGCGGCAGCAUGUUGCCGCGGAGGGCAUGGAUGGGGGACACAGGGAGUUGGAGGUUGGCCUCUGCAAGGAUCUCAUCCGGGAGAAGGAGAAACAUGCCACAAUAUUAGCGCUUCACGAUGAACUCACGCGACUGAACCGUCAGUGCGCCGUGUAUGCCGACGCCCUUGAGGAGGCCCGAGGGAAUUUUGUGGAGGUGAAGCGGCUUUACGGCGAACUCAAUAAUCUUUUGGACCACUUCAAUGGACCGAAGCACCCAUGA